AUGUCGCAGACCAUUGAGCCCGCAUGGGAACGAGAGGACAAGUACCACGCGUCCUUCCUCACCCAGCCCGAUGAAGCACUCGAGUACGCCGUCAAGAACAGCGACGCGAAUGAGCUCGACACCAUCGCCGUCACCGCCCUGCAAGGAAAAUAUCUCAACCUGCAGGCGCGUGCCAUUGGCGCGAAGCGGGUCCUCGAGCUCGGGACACUCGGAGGAUACUCGACCAUCUGGCUCGCGCGCGCGCUUCCGGACGACGGCGAGCUGAUCACCUGCGAGUACGAGCCCAAGCACGCGCGGGUCGCGGGGGAGAACAUCGCGUACGCCGGCCUUUCCUCAAAAGUCAAAAUCCUCGUCGGCCCCGCGGCGGACUCGCUCGCGAAGCUGGACCCCGCGAGAAAGUUCGACUUGGCCUUCAUCGACGCGGACAAGGCGGGGUACCCGGUGUACCUCGAGUAUUGCAAGACACUGGUGCGCAAGGGCGGCGUAAUCAUUGUGGAUAACACCGUUCGGCAGGGACGCGUCAGCGACAUGUCGUUCCAAGACGAGAACUCGAAGGGCGUCAGGAAGAUGCUAGAGGACUUGAAGAACAGCACUGAGUUCGAGGCAACGACCCUCCAAACUGUGGGCGAGAAGGCGUGGGAUGGGUUCACGUACGUGCUGCGCUUGUAG